UUCAUGUUCUCUAGUUGCUGGUUAAAAAGCAGCGUCCGAUACUCGCGGUUAAUAAGACAAUUUUCAUCGGAAAAUUCAUUUUUCAAGGUUGAACUAGUCCCAAGUGACCGGAAAACUCCACUUCAACCCAGAAAGGUAGUCGCACCGCGGUUUGAGAAGAAAACCAGGCAAAAAAUAUCGGAUUAUUUGAAGCAAAUGGCUACUCCGGAAAUUGAAGCGAAACUCGCCCCUCUUCGUGCUGCAGUAAAAGAGUAUGGAGAUCUGAUCCGUGAUCUCAAGGCGAAAGGUGCUCCAAAAAUCGACAUCGAUAAAGCGGUUGUUGAAUUGAAGGCUAGAAAGAGACUUCUUGAAGACACAGAAAUUGCUUUGGCACCAAAAGAAGCAUCAUUCGAUCGUCUGAAAUUGGAGGAUCUUCUCAAAAGACGAUUCUUCUAUGAUCAAUCAUUUGCUAUCUAUGGUGGUGUCACUGGUCUCUACGAUUUCGGUCCGAUGGGAUGUUCCUUGAAGGCUAAUAUGCUCCAAGAAUGGAGAAAACAUUUCAUUCUUGAAGAGGGCAUGUUGGAAGUUGACUGUACUUCUCUCACUCCUGAACCAGUUCUGAAAGCUUCUGGACACGUUGACAGAUUUGCUGAUUGGAUGGUGAAGGAUAUGAAGAAUGGAGAAUGCUUCCGUGCUGAUCAUUUGAUCAAGAAUAGCAUUGAGAAGUUGUUAAAUGAUAAAAAGACUAGCGCUGCAGUCAAACAAGACGGACAGGAUGUGCUUGCGCGUCUUGAAGGAUUCGAUAAUAAGGAUAUGCAUGAAGUGAUCACUCGAUUCAAUUUCAAGUCUCCGAUCACUGGAAAUGAUCUCACCGAACCAAUCGCAUUCAACUUGAUGUUCCCAACUCAAAUUGGACCAACUGGUGACUUCAAAGCAUUCCUUCGACCAGAAACCGCUCAAGGAAUCUUUGUGAAUUUCAAACGACUUUUGGAGUUCAACCAAGGAAAAUUGCCAUUCGCUGCUGCACAAAUCGGAUUGGGAUUCAGAAAUGAAAUUUCUCCAAGACAAGGUCUCAUUCGUGUUCGUGAAUUCACAAUGUGCGAAAUUGAGCAUUUUGUCGACCCAGAAGACAAGAGCUUGGCAAAAUUUGCAAAGGUUGCUGAUCAAAAGCUUGUUCUUUUCUCGGCUUGCAAUCAAUUAGACGGUGCUCCAGCUCAGGAAGUUGCUAUUGGCGAGGCUGUUGCCAAGAAAACUGUAGCCAAUGAGACACUCGGUUAUUACAUGGCUCGUUGUCAUCAAUUCCUCAUGAAGGUUGGUAUUGAUGGACGUCGUCUCCGGUUCCGCCAACAUUUAUCAAACGAAAUGGCUCACUACGCUCAAGACUGCUGGGACGCUGAAAUCUUGACCUCUUAUGGAUGGAUCGAAUGUGUUGGUAACGCUGAUAGAGCUUGCUACGAUCUCCAACAACAUUACAAAGCAACAAACGUCAAGUUGGUUGCCGAGAAGAAGCUCCCAGAGCCAGUCGAUGUUAAUUUUGUCGAGGCACAAGCCAACAUGGCUUUGCUGGGCAAGAGCUUCAAAAAGGACGCUAAGAAAAUUCAAACAUCGCUCCAACAACUCACCAGUGAACAAGUCUCGGCUCUUGAAGAAGAGCUUCUCGCCAAGAAGCUGUACAAUCUCAGCGUGGACGGCCAGAAUUACGCGUUGACCCCAGAGCAUCUGAAUAUUAAGAAAUACACGAAAAAGAUUCACGUACAAGAGAUUACUCCAUCAGUUAUUGAACCAUCGUAUGGUAUCGGAAGAAUUAUGUAUGCUCUUCUCGAGCACUCGUUCAGACAAAGAGAAGGAGAUGAACAGAGGACUUUCUUGGCUUUCAAGCCAUUAGUUGCACCAAUCAAAUGCUCAGUUCUUCCAAUUUCAGCCAAUGACACAUUGAUUCCAGUUAUGGAUGCCGUUAAGGAGGAACUCUCACGCUUUGAGAUGAGUUACAAAGUGGAUGACAGCUCCGGCACCAUUGGUCGCCGUUACGCACGUACUGAUGAGAUUGGUAUUCCAUUCGGAAUCACUGUUGACUUUGAUUCAUUGAAGACCACUCCAUUCACUGUCACCAUCCGCCACGCUGAAACAAUGUCACAGAUUCGAUUAGAAGUCUCAGAACUCGGAAGACUCAUUUCUGAUCUUGUCGCUGGCCGUCAACAAUGGUCCGAUGCUCAGGCCAAAUAUCCAAAAUUCGAAGCGAGCGCAACUGAAUAAUUGAAUGUUUAUCUAAAUUUUUGUAUUGCCUUUUUACAUUUCCAGCAAAGUAUAAUCAUUGUUCUUUUCGUUUAUUUAUUCUGGUUUCAACUUUUCGAGUGCUUUUUUUGUUUUCUUUAUGGUUACCAAUGAAUUGAGAGUUAUUUU